AUGGUCACACGCUCAGAUUCCUCCAUUGAGGUGCCAGUAUCGCCUAAAAACGGUACGACUGUGACUGAAACCCAUGAGUAUGAUGAUCCGAUCCGUGACAUCUCAGGAGAUGUUAUUGACGAUGGUCUUCGUCGAGGUCUGAAGGGUCGCCAAUUUAUGAUCAUUGCUUUGGGCAGCAUCAUUGGACCUGGCUGCUUUUACGGACUUGGAUGUGGCAUAUAUGAGGCUGGACCUCUAGGUCUAUUGAUUGGGUUCUCCGUUGUUGAUUGGAAUAAUGCGACGGUCUUCCUGCAAUUUUGGAUCCCUGACACUAAGUUUCCUACCUGGGCGUGGUAUAUCCUUUUCUUCGUCUUUUUCAAUAUCCUGACCACCCUCGGUGUCAAUUUCUACGGAGAGACGGAGUACUACUUUGGCAUGUUCAAAUUUUUAUCUCUCAUUGUACUGUUUUUCAUCUGCAUCCUUGCCGAUGUCGGCGCCUUUGGUAAUGGCUAUAUCGGCUUUAGGUACUGGACACCACCAUACGGCCCAAUCCAAAACGGCAUUAAUGGGUUCGGUCAAGUAUUUGUUCUUGCUGCUGCUUACUAUGUCGGCACAGAAAUAGUUUCAGUUGCAGCUGGCGAAUCGAAAAAUCCCCAGCGUGACGUUCCUCGCGCUACCAAGUCUAUUCUGUAUCGAAUCUUGAUUGUCUUCAUUGGCAUGUCCUUUUUCCAAGGAUUGAUUUGCCCAUCAACUUCAGAGAACCUAGUACAUCCAGACUCCAAAAUAGCAUCGUCUCCUUUCACGAUCGGCUUCACGCUGGCAGGAUGGAAAUCAUCCGGCCAUUUUGUUAACGCCAUCAUAUUGAUUGCCUUUGUUUCAGCCGCAAAUGGAGUGGUCUACAUUCAAUCUCGCACUCUUUAUUCUCUAGCUCUGAAACGAAAAGCACCCUCGCUUUUUGCAAUCACGAGCACCAGGGGAGUCCCGUAUCCAGCAAUCAUAUUCUCCAACAUGUGGGGUUUCCUGGGCUUGAUGUCCCUAACGACGACUGCUGGGAGUCUCUUCUCGUAUUUCACCUCCUUCGGUGGUACAGCGGCCUAUAUUGCGUGGGCGACGAUCACCUUCGUCCAAUUAAGGGUUCGCGCUGCCGCCAAGAAGCAGAAUAUCGAUAUCCAAACAUUCCCGUUUACUGCCCCUGGACAUACUCUCAUUUAUUGGGGGAACUUCUUCUUCAAUAUUUUCCUACUCUUGAUCCAGGGAUUCACCGUCUUCGAAACACCUUUCAACUAUCAAUCAUUCAUCGCUUCAUACAUCAGUAUUCCGGUUUUUUUUGCUCUGUUCUUCGGCUAUAAAUGGUGGUUCAAAACAAAGUGGUGA